AUGGCGAAAAAAGGAAAGGCUAAGGCCAACGCGGGGAUUGAUCUGUCCAACCCGCUUCCCUCUGCUGCGCCCAAGGAGCAAGGCAAGGGUAAGAAAGGACAGAAGGCGGGUACUUCAACCCCCGAAGCUCCAUCAACGGGUCCUCCCAAACCAACAGUGAAGCAACUCAUCGGUGGCUCUUCAUGGACUGGAAAACUGCCCGUCAACUUGCUGAGCGAAUACUGCCAAAAGCAGCGAUGGGAGCGGCCGGAAUAUGACACCAGAAAGACACCAGACGGUUUCUCCGUCUGGGUCACCUUGAGCGCAAAGGACACCAAGACGCAGCAGAUGGUUAAGCUUGAGCCUUUCAAGAUUCCCGCAACUCAUAAGCACCUGAUUAUGCGGUCGACAGCUAUCGAGGCAAAGCAUGCAGCGGCUACAUAUGCUCUCUUUAGAGUGUGCAGCAUGCAGAACAAGCAUACGGUGCUUCCGCCGGAUCACAAGUCGCUCUGGAAGGACUUCCAGGCUCUCAAAACCGCGGACGUGAAAGAGGGCAAGGCUUGGAUGUACGAGGCGGAUCCUUUCAAGACACUUCAAGAACGACAGGAGGCCAAGGCUGCGGCGGAAAAGAAGAGGAAGGAGAUCGAAGCAGCCAAGGCCAAGGCGGCGGCCAUGCCUGGAGCGGCUGGACUGGUCCUCAUGAGCAACGCCGGGAAUGGUUCUGGACGAUCGUCAAAUGUCAUGAAAGGAUGGACUACUGCGCCCAAGGUCGAAAUGGGCAAGAAAACGAGAGCACAGCUGGAGACUCUUCUACGAACUGGAGUCAAGUGGAAUCCCAACGACGUCCACAUGCCGAAGAGCCAGAAGGACUCCAUUGUCGCGGAACUGACUAAGCUUGGAUUUCGACGAAGCCAUGUUGAGGAAGCAGUCGAGUAUUGCAAAGACCGAGAAGAGACGCUUGAGUGGCUACUCAUCCACGUUCCCGAAGAUGACCUCCCUAGAUGGGCGUUGCCGGAAAGCUACUCUGCUGGUGUGUCUGUCGGUACAACCAACUUGAGGAGAGAGGGAAUCAUCAAGCGUCUUGCUCAGUCUGGGUACUCUCUUGAGCUGGCUACGAGAGUACUUGACGAGCAAGGUGGUGAUGAGGGUAAAGCUGCCGAGACGUUGCAAAAUCUGCUUUUCUCCAGCGACUCCCAGGAUAAUGACGAUGCCGACUUCUUGGAUCUGGGUUCUCCUGAAGAGCAGUGGGAAGAAGAGGUUGGAAGUCUCGAGGCCAUGUAUGGCGAUGGUUUUGAGCGAGACGGCGACAACGUCAUCCGAAUCAAGCUGGAUUCAGUCAAGAAUGGACAGCAAACCGUGGAGGCAUAUCUACAAGUUCGACGGCCAGCCACAUAUCCUGCGAACUUGAUCCUGUCCAUCGUUGCCAACCUGCCUUCUUACAUCAAGCUCAGCAUCAUCCGCAAAGCCCUCGAGCAUAUUGAAGAGUCGUUGCGCGAUGAGCCAAUGAAGAUCUAUCUGGCUAUGGACUGGGUUCAGCAGAACAUCAACGGCAUCAUUGAGAACCCUGGCAAGAUUGUGGACAUUUCUGCAGUCUCUUCGGCUGCGGCCGAGUUCAAGCCCGUUGCAGCUAUUUCCCAGAAGAAGCGACCUUCUCGUGCACCUAGGGUGAUCAAGUGGGUAAAGGAUGAGCGGAACAGGGAGCAAUGGCUGCGACGACAAGAGUCAUCUUCGUGGAAGGACAUGCUAUCGAAGCGUCAAAGACUGCCAGCAUGGAAGAUGCGGGAAGCCAUCAUUGGCACCGUGAAGAGCAACCAUGUCACCAUCAUCAGCGGAGAAACGGGUUCGGGUAAAUCUACGCAGUCUAUGCAGUUCGUCUUGGACGAUUUGUAUGCCAAUGGACUGGGUGGUUGUGCCAACAUGAUUGUCACACAGCCUCGACGAAUCUCGGCCCUUGGACUUGCGGAUCGAGUUGCGGAAGAGCGAUGCUCGCGCGUUGGAGAUGAGAUUGGUUAUGCAAUUCGUGGCGAGUCACGGAGGUCCAAGGACACUCGAAUCACUUUUGUUACCACUGGUGUCCUGCUUCGACGACUCCAGACUUCAGGAGGUCGAGUUGAGGAUGUGGCAGCGUCUCUAGCAGAUGUCAGUCAUGUCGUGAUCGACGAGGUGCACGAGCGAAGUCUUGAUACUGACUUUUUGCUAAACCUCAUCCGCGACGUCAUGAAGGCCAAGAAGGAUAUGCUGAAGCUCAUUCUCAUGUCCGCUACGCUGGACGCAGCCACGUUUAAGAACUACUUUGCGUCGGAAGGACUCAACGUGGGCAUGGUCGAGAUUGAAGGCCGAACAUUCCCUGUGGACGAGUUCUAUCUUGACGAUGUGAUUCGGAUGACUGGAUAUGGAACCGACAAGUCUGAUGAUCCAUUCAUCGGCGAUGAGGCCAUGGGCAAGGUCAUUCAGAAGCUGGGAUCUCGUAUCAACUACGGCCUUCUUGUGGAUGCUGUCAAGGCCAUCGACUAUGAACUGUCGUAUGAGAAGAAGACGGGUGGUAUUCUGAUCUUCCUCCCUGGAGUUGGUGAGAUCAACCAGUCUUGUCGCGCUCUGAAGGCCAUCAGCUCCCUCCAUGUUCUUCCUCUGCAUGCCUCGCUCGAGACCCGCGAGCAAAAGCGAGUGUUUACCAACGCCCCACAUGGGAAGCGCAAGGUUGUGGUUGCCACCAAUGUGGCAGAGACAUCCAUCACCAUUGACGACAUUGUGGUGGUGAUUGAUAGCGGCAAAGUCAAGGAAACCAGCUUUGAUGUACAGAACAACAUGCGAAAGCUUGAGGAGACGUGGGCAUCCCGCGCAGCCUGCAAGCAGCGACGUGGUCGAGCUGGUCGUGUCCAAGAAGGCCAAUGUUACAAGCUCUUUACGCAGAAAUUGGAGCAGCAGAUGCCUGAGCGACCAGAGCCUGAGAUCCGACGUGUUCCUUUGGAGCAGCUGUGUCUUUCAGUCCGUGCCAUGGGCAUGAGAGAUGUUGCUGGAUUCCUUGGACGAUCCCCUACACCGCCUGACGCCACAGCUAUUGAUGGCGCCAUGAGGCUCUUGCAGCGCAUGGGAGCCCUCGAUGGUGAUGAGUUGACUGCUAUGGGUCAGCAACUCGCCAUGCUACCUGCUGAUCUCAGAUGUGGCAAGCUGAUGGUAUUCGGUGCCAUCUUUGGCUGCUUGGAUGAUUGCGUGACGAUUGCUGCGAUCCUGAGCACAAGAAGUCCGUUUGUGUCGCCACAAGAGAGGAGAGAUGAGGCCAAGGAAGCCCGAAUGAUAUUCUACAGCGGUGAUGGUGAUCUCUUGACCGAUCUCCAUGCUUUCCAGGAGUGGGAUGCCAUGAUGCAGGACCGUAUACCCCAGCGCCAUGUUCGGUCUUGGUGCGAGGAGCACUUUCUCAACUUCCAGACCUUGUCUGACAUCUCCAACACGAAAGCACAGUACUACACGGCCCUUGGAGAGAUUGGCAUCGUCCCGCCUUCAGAAGCCACGAGCGAAGCCCACGGUCGCGGUGUUGGCUCUGACUCUCCUCAACUCCUGCGAGCUCUUGUGGCAGCAGCCUUUACGCCUCAGAUCGCAAGGAUCCAGUAUCCUGACAAGAAGUUUGCCAGCUCCAUGUCGGGUGCUGUUGAGUUGGAUCCUGAGGCGAGGUCGAUCAAGUACUUUAACCAGGAGAACGGGCGAGUAUUUGUGCAUCCCAGCAGCACUCUGUUUGGGAGCCAGGGCUUCUCGGGUAAUGCGGCGUAUAUGGCGUACUUUACCCUCAUUUCGACAAGUAAGAUCUUUAUCCGGGAUCUAACGCCAUUCAACGCCUAUACACUCCUUCUCUUCUCAGGCCCCAUCGAACUCGACACCCUAGGCAGAGGACUCCUCGUAGACGGAUGGCUACGACUCAGAGGCUGGGCCCGUAUCGGAGUGUUGCUUGCCAGACUGAGGGGCAUGGUAGACGAGCUGAUUGCCAAGAAGGUUGAGAAUCCUGAGUUGAGUUUGAAGGAUGAGGAGGUGAUUACGCUUGUGAGGAAGAUGAUUGAGCUUGAUGGGUUGGAUGCUUAG